AUGGGACCGAACAUAUCGUUAGGAGUGGCUAUUAUGGCACUAAUAGUGGACAAUAUAUUGUACAUACUUUUGGCCCUAUAUUUAGAGAAAGUGAUGCCCGAGCAGUUUGGCACAAAAAUGAGUUUAUGUUUUUGUUUGGAUCUCAACUAUUGGUUUUCCCAAAAACCUAAACCACUCCAGAAGACUAAUUCACUGGAAACGUGUGCAGACGUUGAAGAAGUUUCAGAAGAGUUUAAAGACAAGUCUGUGAUUCAAAUCAGGAACCUAUCGAAGAAGUUCCCAAAGGAAAAGACAUUUGCGGUGAACAAUGUGUCAAUGAAUAUAUACGAGUCACAGGUAACAGCACUACUCGGACAUAACGGCGCCGGAAAAACGACAUUAAUAAAUAUGAUGAUCGGUGCCAUCGCUCCCAUGAGUGGAUCCAUUCACAUAUAUGGCAACGAAGUGACAAACCCUUCGCAGUUGUAUAAAGUGAGGUCAAUGUUUGGUGUCUGUCUUCAGGAGAACACUCUGUUUGAUGAACUCAAUAGUGAAGAACACCUGAAAUUCUUCGGCGAAAUGAAAGGCUUACAAAACGAGAGACUCACUCAAGAAGUGCAACAAUUUCUGCUUCACAUGGAUUUGUACGCCAACCGAUUCACUCACGCAAAGGACUUAAGCGGCGUGCAACAAUUUCUGCUUCACAUGGAUUUGUACGCCAACCGAUUCACUCACGCAAAGGACUUAAGCGGCGGUCAGAAACGAAAACUCUGUAUCGCAAUGGCAUUGAUUGGUAACCCAAAAGUGAUUAUAUUGGAUGAGCCGACCAGUGGUGUCGAUGUGGCCAUCAGACGUCAAAUAUGGACAAUCAUUCAGACCUUCAAAGUGAACAAAACCAUUAUAAUGACCACUCAUUUCAUGGAAGAGGCGGACAUUCUCUGCGAUCGCAAAGCGAUUCUUACGAAAGGAAAGCUUCGAUGUGUCGGGAGUUCACUGUUUCUUAAGAAGAAGUUUGGUGNCAAAACCAUUAUAAUGACCACUCAUUUCAUGGAAGAGGCGGACAUUCUCUGCGAUCGCAAAGCGAUUCUUACGAAAGGAAAGCUUCGAUGUGUCGGGAGUUCACUGUUUCUUAAGAAGAAGUUUGGUGCCGGAUAUAAUCUAACCGUUGACACACAAAAAGACACCAACAUAGAGGACAUCACAUCUCUGGUCACCUCUGAGAUCCCGACCGCACGGGUCGAUCGAAGCGCUGGAACCGAAGUCUUCUAUAUUCUGCCGCUAAAUGAGAGCCAAAAGUUUCCCCAAUUAUUCUCAACGCUAGAGAACUCUCAAAGUAAUAUCAAAUCAUUUGGUGUUUCGAUGACUACUCUCGAGGAAGUCUUUCUCAAACUCGAGGACGAAGCUGAAGCAGAUACAGACAAAAGUCAUACAAUCGUUGUGUCAGAUAAAGAC